CGCGUGGACAGGAGCAGGUGGGAGAGCCUGGAGGUAGAGAGAUGGCAAUGGCUGAAAUUGCUGUCUGUUUGAGGACGGCCUCUGCAGACCAUCUGAGACCUGCGUAAACGCUGGCACCUUGGCGCUAGUGCUGCACAUGCUGAAUACACUUGGAGGGUUGAAGUGGAUUGAAAUGAAAAAGGCAUCCGUCAUGAUAACCUCCUGGGAAGCCUGAUGGGAUGGAGACCACAACAAGACGGAGUGUUUGGAAGGUGCCAGAAGGUUCCAGUGAUAGACAUAGACCGCUAUGAAGUGUCACCGCUGGUUCUGCAGCACCUGACCGCCACCCUGCAGAAGCUCUCCCGUACAGGCUUCACGUGGCAGGACGACUACACCCAGCACGUGAUGGCCCAGGAACUCUCAACCCUUCCCCACACCUACCCGCAGCAUCUGGAAGCUUCCGACACAGCCAGGAGCUCAAAGCUGAGUGUGGAUAAGGAAAGGAGCUAUAGUCUGGAGGGUGACGGUGCUCUGGCCAAGGCUGUGCAGCGCUACCUGCCAUACCUGGAGGCCCUGUCGCAGGCGGCUUCGAACACGCGCCCCAGGACAAGGCACGACAGACCAUCCGCUCAGGGUGAGGACCCCCGUGCUGACAGCAUGCUGACCUUCAUGGCGCAGACAUCCGCUCUGACCUACGCUCCUGGGCCCCGGGCCGAUCACCCCGGGGGCCGCCCUUUACGGAUGCGCAGCCGGCUUCGGCCUGAUGAGCUGAGCCCCAAGGUGGACGGCGGUGCUGACAGACAGAGCCUGGUCACUUCGUUGGGCACCUCUGUGGCUCGGAAGCCCCCAGCGCCCCACGGGGAGGGCGACCGAGGGCCUCGAAAUCCGCUGCGUAUGCCCUGGAGAACAGCAAGGGUCCUCUCGGCCCCAGCAGCCCUCCAGAAAUGGCCUUCAUCACCAGGAGACCCCGAGGACCCCCUGGCCUUUGGUGAUGAAGCACUUAUCCGGAGUCUCCUGAAGGACCUGGGAAAGCAGCCUGUGGAGGGUCUGAGCCCCCUGGGCCUCGGCGAGAUGGCCCACGUGAUUGCUACCGCCGUGCAGGGUGUGGGUGCAGAAGGGGAGCUUCAAGGAGCCGCAGGAAAGCCCAGAGAGGCCAACGCUGGCAAGCAGGGCGGAGACGGCAUGGCAGAUGACCGAGGGCCAGACGGUGAAGGUGGCGUUUACAAGGAGGUCAGUCGUUUGAGCCUCCAACUUGGGGACCACCUGCAGGAUCCUGGGUCCCGACUCUUUCCUGCCACCCCCCUUCUUAUGGAGCCCUUCAAAACGGAGAUGAAGAAAUCAGAGACGCCCAGGCUGCCCCCGGCUUGGGAGGAGGAGAGCGCUGGGGUGGAGGACGUGAGGAGUCAGACCUACUCCAAGGAGCGCCUGCAGAGGCUACCUCCCACAGAGCCCAGGGCGGGCGGCUUUGGCAAGCUCCAGACCUGGGUUCCGGGCCCCUCGCAGGAAGAUGCCCGCCUUGGAGCCGGAGCCCAGGGGCGCCCUGCUGAAGGCCUGCGGCUGGAGGUCAGGCCUUCCGAGGAGGAGCAAGGCUACAUUGUGACUGGAGAUGACCCCCUGAGCCCAGAGAAGGGGAAGGAGCUGAUGGAGAGCAUCGCGCGGCUCCUGGAGGUGCCGAUGAGUGUCUUCCCAGACAUCGCUGUUCUGGGACCAGCCAUGACCUUCAGAGUGAGCGCCAGCGUCCAAAACCUGACGGCGGCAGACGUGGUGCAGGCUACAGUUGACAACAAGGACAAACUGGAAAAGGCGUCUGGACUGAAAAUUCUUCACGCUGGAAGCGGGUCGAAAAGCAAACUCAAGCUUCUGCCGCAUGGAGCAGAGCAAGAGGACUCGACCCCGUUCAUCGUGCUGACCCUGGUCUCUGUCGUGGCCAUGGUCGGGGUCCUCCUGGCCUCCGGUGUCAUCUACUGUUUGCGCCACACCUCGCACUCCCAGCUGCAGGAGAAGCUCUCGGGACUGGGGGAGCACCCCGGCCCGGAUGCCACCAACGCCUACCAGGAGCUGUGCCGGCAGCGCAUGGCCGUGCGCACAUCGGAGCGCCCGGAGGCCCCGCACGCGUCCCGCAUCAACAGCGUCUCGUCCCAGUUCAGCGAAGGGCCGGUGCCCAGCCCGUCCGCACGGAGCAGCACGUCGUCCUGGUCUGAGGAGCCUGUGCGGUCCAACAUGGACAUCUCCACCGGCCACAUGGUCCUGGCCUACAUGGAGGACCACCUGAGGAACAAGAGCCGGCUGGAGAAGGAGUGGGAGGCACUGUGCGUCUACCAGGCCGAGCCCAACAGCUCACUUGUGGCCCAGAGGGAGGAGAACGUGCCGAAGAACCGGUCUCCGGCUGUGCUGACCUACGAUCACUCCAGGAUCCUGCUGAAAUCCGAGAACAGUCACAGCAACUCGGACUACAUCAAUGCCAGCCCCAUCAUGGAUCACGACCCUAGGAAUCCCGCCUACAUCGCCACCCAGGGACCGCUGCCUGCCACUGUGGCUGACUUCUGGCAGAUGGUGUGGGAGAGUGGCUGCGUGGUCAUUGUCAUGCUGACACCCCUCUCGGAGAACGGCGUCCGGCAGUGUUACCACUACUGGCCCGACGAAGGCUCCAACCUCUACCACGUCUACGAGGUAAACCUAGUCUCCGAGCACAUCUGGUGUGAGGAUUUCCUCGUGAGGAGCUUCUAUCUGAAGAACCUUCAAACCAACGAGACGCGCACGGUGACCCAGUUCCAUUUCCUGAGCUGGUAUGACCAGGGAGUGCCUUCUUCCGCGAGGUCCCUCCUGGAUUUCCGCAGAAAAGUAAACAAGUGCUACAGGGGCCGUUCUUGUCCAAUAAUUGUUCACUGCAGUGACGGCGCGGGCAGGAGCGGCACCUACGUCCUGAUCGACAUGGUUCUCAACAAGAUGGCCAAAGGCGCUAAGGAGAUCGAUAUCGCCGCGACCCUGGAGCACUUGAGGGACCAGAGACCGGGCAUGGUCCAGACAAAGGAGCAGUUCGAGUUUGCGCUGACGGCCGUGGCGGAGGAGGUGAACGCCAUCCUCAGGGCCCUCCCGCAGUGAGCGCGAGCACGCAGCCCGAGGCUGGGAGGCGCUGGCACCAUGGCUGUCGACUGUGGCUGGGAAUCGCGAUGCCACUUAGUUGUGUGUCUUCAGUGUCCCUGCCUCGUCAGUGCGGCCCAGCGGUUACAAUGCGCAUCUGUGUUCAACCAAAUCAUAGUAAGGGGAGAUCUGGGGGAUCGUCCAAUCACAGGACAAUCAUUUUAUCUGUUUUCACUUCCUUGAAAGGAAAACACUUUUCCUUAAAGCACACAUUCACAUUCUUAAUUGCAAACAAUGCCCUACUAACGAUGCUGUAGGUUGUGCGCUCCACACCAUCUCCACGGAGAGCCGGCCUGUGGGCUAUAACUCUGAAGGAUGGGCCAGCUCUGCAGGGAGGGGACCCGGAGAAGCUGGAAGGGCACCACCAGACAUUUGGCAUUUGGCUUUACGACAGCUUAUCACCGGCAGGAGCCCCUCCCCGACUUGUUCAGGAGUUAGAGCAACAAAGUGUUACCAUUCUGCAGCUUUGGGGGAAAUAAGAACAGCAUCGUCCCUGCGUCUUCCCUCUGUUCCCCCGUGCAGGCUGCCCGACACCUGCCCCCAGUGCUGUUGACAGCCUAUCUCCACUGUCCACCCCCCAAAGAAGGGCACAGCGUCCCAGGCCAGCCACCCCAGGCGAGGCCUCCCAUCUGCAACCAGUCUGGAGACACAUUUUUAACUUUAAAUACAGAUUUACACAUUGCAAAAGCAGAUGCUGUUAACAAACUCUUCCCUUGGGGGUAACCAGAUCCGGGGAACCAACCUGGCAGGUAACAAGCUCCGGGGUCCCUGAGGAGCGCCCUAGCCCCCAGCAGGCUCCUGUGCUCCCCUCUUGGGGGGAAUGUCCUGGGCCCUGCCAGCAUCCAGGGGAGACCCUGGGUACCCCGUUCCCAGAAGGGGAUGCAGGGUGACGUACAUUGUUGGUUUUACUGGGUGAGAUCCUGGCACCAGGGAGAAAGGUGGAAACAGCAGCGUUUCCUGGGCCCCGCGCCCCCCCGGGGUCACCUAGGUCAGACACCUGUGUAACUCGCUCAGACACAAGUGUCUAGAGGCGAUUCGGAUUUGCCACCCUCCGCCCCCGCCCCCGACAGAGGAACUCAUUUCGCUGGACUCAGAACGGCGGGCUCUAAGAAGGCAGACAGCUCUGUGCACUACAGCUUUUCUUCUUAGGAUUAGGUGUGAAUACAUCCCCGGUACCUUCCAUGUCCCGCUUACUGCACACAUUCUUCCCGCCCUAAGUCGACACUGCAACCCAAACACCAGUAGCAUUGGGAGAGCGGCCUGUGACUGGGGAAGAAGAUGCCAAAUACUGUUUGUGUCUUUAAGUGGUCCUGUCAUGUCAUCUGCUCUAAUAGAUCUAUAAUUUUUUGCCAGAGUUGUUUCUCCCUAUCUGGAAUCUAAAUAAUGAAUAGCAACUAAUUUAUCUGAAUAUAGGAAGCAUAUACCUACUUGUAAUUUCUAACCUUAUGUUUCGAAAGAAAUCCUCCAGUGUGAGAUAUAUAAAUAUAUUUAAUUGUGUCAGAUUAAACUUUU